AAGUGAAAGAUCACUCUACCAAUCCGGAAAUGGAAAGCAUACCGAUUCAGUCUUAAAAGCGUCUCAACUCAAGCUUUUCUCUGCUUUCAGAAGUUGAAACCCUAGUUCCACUCACUACCAUCGCCAUGGCUCCACCCAAAGUUCUUAUGGUCGCCGAGAAGCCUAGCAUCGCUCUCUCUAUCGCUAAUGCUCUCUCUCGCGGUCAAAUGAGUACCAGGAGGAGUAGUACAGAUGUUCAUGAAUUUGAUGGGAAUUUUCUUGGAUUCAGGGCACAAUAUAAAGUAACAUCUGUGAUUGGACAUGUUUUCAGUGUAGAUUUUCCACAAAAAUAUCAAGACUGGAAUUUGACUGAUCCUCUAGAUCUUUUUGAAGCUCCAAUUGUUAAGAAUGAAGCAAAUCCCAAGGCUCAUAUAUGUAGGCAUUUAAAUCAAGAAGCUCGUGGUUGUAAUGAUUUGGUUUUGUGGCUGGAUUGUGACCGUGAGGGAGAAAAUAUAUGUUUUGAAGUUAUUGAGUGCACCGGCUUUGGUGCAAAUGAUACGAGAAGAAAGGUUUAUCGUGCACGCUUUUCCUCUGUUACUGAAAAAGACAUUAUGAGGGCCAUGGAUAAACUAGUUGAACCUAACAAGGAUGAGUCCCUAGCAGUUGAUGCUCGACAAGAGAUUGAUUUGAAAGUCGGAGUCGCAUUUACACGAUAUCAAACAAAUUACUUUCAAGGGAAAUAUGGAAAUCUUGAUUCUAGAGUUAUCUCCUAUGGACCAUGUCAAACUCCAACCCUUGGGUUUUGUGUACAACGCUAUUUACAGAUUGGCACAUUUAAGCCAGAGAAGUUUUGGUCAGUACGUCCCUACAUUUUACAGAGUGGCUAUGAGCUUCAACUAGAGUGGGAACGCCAGAAGUUGUUUGACUUAGAUGCUGCUACAAUGUUUCAAAAGUUAGUAACAGAAGAUGGAAUUCUAGAAGUCACUGAAGUAUCAGAAAAGCAAGAAGUCAAAAGUCGUCCUUCUGGUCUCAAUACAGUAAAUCUUCUCAAGAUUGCUUCAAGUGCAUUAGGCCUUGGACCCCAAACGACCAUGCAAGUAGCUGAACGGUUAUAUAUUCGAGGUUUCAUCAGCUAUCCACGUACAGAGAGCACAGCUUAUCCUUCUUCAUUUGACUUCAAAGGAACUCUUGGUGCACUAGCAAAUAACCCAACGUGGGGUAAUUAUGUAAGGGCCCUUAUUGCUGAUGGUUAUCAUAAACCACGGGUAGGCACAGAUGCAGGGGACCAUCCUCCAAUCACGCCAAUGAUGUCGGCAACUGAAGAUAUGCUGGAAACAGAUGCUUGGAGAUUAUAUGAAUACAUCUGUCAACAUUUUAUAGGAACCCUGUCUCCGGACUGCAAAUACUUGAGAACAAAGGUAGAAUUUUUAUCUGGCGGGGAAUCCUUCCACUGUGUAGGGCAUCGUGUUUUGGCUAAAGGAUUUACACAUGUUAUGCCGUGGUUGGGUAUAAGUGAGAAAAAUCUGCCACAGUUUAAAAAAGGGGAGAAGAUAGAAGUUGCAAGAGUGGAGCUUUAUGAGGGAAGUACAUCGCCUCCAGAUUAUUUAAGCGAGAGCGAAUUGAUUUCCCUUAUGGAGAAGAAUGGAAUAGGCACAGAUGCAUCGAUUUCUGUCCAUAUUAACAACAUUUGUGAGCGCAAUUUUGUGAAGGUACAAGCCGGUAGAAAGCUGGUUCCAACUGCCUUAGGUAUAACCCUGAUAAGAGGGUAUCAAUGUAUUGAUCCAGAUCUAUGUUUGCCAGACAUUCGGAGUUUCAUUGAACAACAGAUUAAUCAUGUUGCCAAGGGACAAGCUGAUCAUGUUCAUGUCGUGCAGCAUGUUCUACUCCAGUUCAAGCAAAAAUUCAGUUAUUUUGUUAAGCAGAUCGAUAACAUGGAUGCAUUAUUUGAGGCACAAUUUUCUCCAGUCGCCGACUCGGGACGAGUUCUUAGCAAAUGUGGUAAAUGCCUUCGGUACAUGAAACACAUAUCUAGUCAGCCCUCCCGUUUGUAUUGUCCUACCUGUGAGGAGGUUUAUUAUCUUCCUCAGAAGGGUACAAUCAAGCUUUACAAGGAACUUACUUGUCCAUUAGACAAUUUCGAGCUUCUGAUUUGUUCCAUGCCUGGCCCAGAAGGCAAGUCAUUCCCACUCUGCCCGUACUGCUACAAUAGUCCUCCAUUCGAAGGUAUAACUACACUCUUCGGUGCUGCAAAAACCGGCGGUUCCAACAUGUUGGGUAAGGGAGCUGGGAUGCCUUGCUUUCUCUGCCCUCACCCCACUUGUCCACAUUCUGUGAUAACCCAAGGAGUAUGUGCUUGUCCCGAAUGUAGUGGAACACUAGUCCUAGACCCAGUCAGCGCUCCCAAGUGGCGACUCCAUUGCAAUUCUUGCAACUGCCUCGUCUUUCUCCCCCAAGGCGCUCACCGAAUUUCCACCACUCCAGACAAGUGUCCCGAUUGUAACUCUACGAUCAUAGAAGUGGACUUCAAUAAAAAGACGACGCCAUUGGAGGAUGGAACUACCUUGUACUCUGGCUGCAUUCUUUGUGACGAGUUUCUUCAUUCGCUUUUGGAGAUGAAACAUGGAAAGUCAUUCUUCAGACGCUUGAGUUCGAGAGGAAGAGGUAGGGGAACAAGACGAGGCGGCCCUAGGGGACGAGGUCGGGGUGCCGGGAAGUAUGUGGAUCCGAAAAUGAGCUUUCGAGAUUUCUGAUCGCUUAAUAAAGGACAUAACUAAACGCUUUCUAAACCACUUGACACUUUUUAAAGAUGUAAUUCCAGAUAAGUUAUCUAAACGUACACUUAUUAGUUUUCGCUUACCAGUCAUAUGGAUCAUUUGGUUGAGAUGAUAUGUACUUUAAACUUUGUUAAAGAAAAAUUGUGAGAGAGAAAAUAGUAGGAAAAAAUAGGGGAGUUUAAUUAUUUUUUUUAAAACACUUUUUUGAAUAUAUAUUUUUUUAAAUAUAUUAAUAAUGGUUCUAAAAUUGAUAAAAA